CAAGUGACGUUUCAAGAUCUUUAUUUACGUAGAGUGCCCGUGUCGUGCAAUUACGUGAGGAAGUUAGAAAAGUCGUGUCUACGUUGAGUUUUAUGGACAUUUUGCAAAGAAGAAUAUAAUCCCUAAGGAUAUCACACCGCGACAGUCUGUAUAGGUGCAAAUAAAUUUGCGAAAGCGGUCGGGAGUGCGUUUGCAGAAGAUCGUGGUACAGUGUUUCGCGUGAAAACGUCAGUUGGCAAAAAUAAUUCCGCUCUCCGUUCGCUGUCCGUGAGAUUAUACGAGCGCCACUGGCGUUACCGUUGCCAAAAAAAUAGAAAUUUUUGUUUACGUCGCACUCCACAUUUGUUGCGACUUGCGAAUUCAGUAUGACUUAUGCCAAUUUAUUGCUCAAUAAAAUCAUCCCACAUUGACAACCGGUCAAAUAUUUGUUAAACUCGAAUCGUAUUAGUGAAGUUUUUAAUUCUUGCCUCAAUAGUGAUAAAGAAUUAAGUGAAAAAUCGUAUUCAAUAUGAGUGAAGGAGCACCCAAGUUUCCAAGUGAAAAUGAAGCCAGUGCUGCGGCAAAUAAUGCUGCAAAUGUAUUAGUUUGUGAAGAAAGUGCGCCACCUAUAAGUGAACAGAAAUCACCAACCUCGAGUGAACCAAAGUCACCAGCUUCAACGAAAAGUGAUAGUAAAGAAACGAAACCAACGGGCAUUAAAGCACCUGCGGCUUCAAAAAUUGGAAGACUCUGCCAAGCCCAUCAAGCACCGAAAGCUGGUCCACCACCCCUGGAACAAAAAAACGGCGACAAUUUGUCAGACGAAACAAUGAGCAGACUCAGCGAGGAGUAUCUAAGAUCCCCUCUGGCAGAUGUGAGUGAAGAAAAUGAAUUGGAUUUGGUCCGUGGCAAGUACUCAAGAUCCUCCAUGUCUCCAGACAAUGUCUUAACACGACCACCUAAAGGAGAUCGAAAAACUUCCAAUGGUUCAUUGGGAGGAGAUCUAUAUAUGGAAGCAACGGGUAGAAGGCGAAGUUCCGAUCAUGGAGUUAUUCUCACGACAGAUACCGACAGUUUCAUCAUAGGCCAAAAAGUGUGGGUGGGCGGCAUACGACCUGGACAAAUAGCUUACAUCGGUGAAACACAUUUCGCGCCAGGCGAUUGGGCUGGCAUUGUGUUGGACGAACCAAAUGGCAAAAAUGAUGGAUGUGUGUCGGGGAAACGAUAUUUCCAAUGUGAACCAAAAAAAGGAAUAUUCUCACGACUAACUCGGCUAACACACUACCCCUUACCAAAUGCAUUCACUGCUAAAGAAUCAUCACCAAAUCAAACUGGACGGUCCAUAUUUUCUCCGGAACGUUCAAGAGCCACAUCACCCACUUCCAGCAUAAGAAGUUCUAUGCGCCGCAGCCCACUAAAACAAGGAAUGACUGUUGGCGAUCGCGUGAUUGUUUCAUCGGGCCUAGGUAGUCGGGCUGGAAUUCUUAAAUAUAUGGGAGAAACAAAAUUCGCACAAGGAACGUGGUGUGGAGUGCAACUUGACGAGCCGACGGGGAAGAAUGAUGGUUCAGUUGAUGGUGUACGAUACUUCGAAUGUCCGUCGAAAUAUGGUGUUUUUGUACCGAUUGCUAAAGUGUCUUUAUCACCAUCCUCCCGCAAAAGUCGAUUGUCACGAGCUGGAUCCAGAGAGUCCCUAACGUCUGUGGGGACACUGAAUAGCAUAGCUACCACGAAUACCUCACGCUUAAGAAUGGGAAUGGGUUCACAGAAAAUACCAACGGCCACCAAAAUAGCCAGUGCGCCAAAAAAUACUUACUCGUUACAGGAUGUAAUUCGUGAAAAACAAAAUCACAUCGAGCAGUUGAUGAUUGAACGAGACCUGGAUCGAGAGGAUUCACAAAAUCAGGCUAUGCUAUUCCAAAAGAAUAUCAGCGAGCUACAGAGUCGUGUCGCUGAAUUAGAGAAAUUAUUAGAGGAUGAGAGAAAGAAAACAGAAGAAUUGCAAUUCAGUAUUGAUGAAGCUCAAUUUUGCGGAGAUGAAUUAAAUGCUCAAACUCAAGUCUACAAAGAGAGAAUAUCUGAAUUAGAAAAACAACUGCAAAAAUCUGGAACCGAACCUAGUUCUGCAUCAGAAGCGAUACCCCCUAGAGAUGAGCAACAUUUCGAGACAUUGAAAAAGGAGAACGAAAAAUUAACAACAGAAAUUGAAACUUUGCAAAGCAAGCUCAACGAAAGUACAAAAGAUUACGAAUUCAAAGCAAAGGAUCUAGUCGAACGUGAACAACAACUCCAAGAAGAAUUAGAAUUUAUAAAACAAGAGAAUGAAGAAAUGCGUAAAGAACUUCUAGCGAAAGAUGAAAGCAGUGAAAAAUUGUACCUAACAAUUCAAGAGCUACAGAACACGUUAUUGGAGGAAACGGCUGCUAAAAAUAAAUCGACUGAAGAUAAAAAAGUGAAUGAUGAACUUCUUAAAACAUGCAACGAAAAAGAUGAGUUAAUUAAGCAACUGACCUCUGAUGUGGAAAUCCUUAAGGAACAAGUUGAUGUCGCAGCUAAGAAAAAUGAUGAAACAAGAUCUUCCCUGAAGAAUUUGGAAGAUGAAAAUACCACCCUGAAAAAUAAACUAGACGAAGCCACAAGUGAAAUUGCUGCUCUGAAGGAUAAUCAGGAAAAAUCUACCUCUGGAAACGAAGAGUAUAUUAAAUCGCUCACGUUAUUGAAGGAUGAAAAUGAAAAUUUCAAAAAAGUUCAUGUCGAACUAUCCGAGAAAAGCCAACAAUUGCAAGCUGCGUUAGACAACAAAGUCCAAGAAUUAUUGGAGCUCAACAAACGAUUGGAUGAAAUUCAGAAAAAUAAAGAUGAUUUAUUUUUAGAAAAUGAAGCAACUAAAAAUCAGCUCCAUGCAAUUUCUAACGAGAAAACUAUAUUAGAAUCGGAAAUGGUACAGAGAGAACAGGAAGUCGAAACUAGCAAAAUAAUUAUUGAGGAGCUUGGAAAGGACAAAAAAUUGGUUGAGGAAAAUCUAAAAGAAGCAACAAAAACUAUAAACAGUCUAAAUGAGGAAAAAGGAACAUUAAUCGCUAAGCUAGAAGUGAUGCAGGAAAAAAUGAAGGGGUCGGAAUCACAACAGCAAAAUGAUUCAAAAGAAUUGCAGAAACUAAAAUCAGAAUUAGUUACCUUAGUUGCUGACAUGGGAGCGAAAACGGUGACCAUAGAAGAACAAGCAAGCAAACUAAAAAAAAUGGAGUCGUUUAUAAAUGAAAAACAGUCGCAAAACAAUAAAUUAGAGAAUACUAUCAAGGAACUGACCGAUCAAUGCGAAAACAUCAAAGUGGCCAAAGCUGCAUGCGAAACGAGAAUCGCAGAGUUAGAAAUAGAAAGCGCCGAUAAAACUCGAUCCGUAGAAAGUAUUACUCAAAAAUGUGAUGAAUUCUCCAAACAGAAUCAAACAUUGCAGCAAGAGCUUACUAACCUAAGAAAUGCGUCAAGUGACACGAAUUCCGAAGUGGCGCGUUUAACAACGAAUUUAGUAGAGAAACAAAAAUCUUAUGAGGAACUGUUAGAUACCAGCAAUACGGUAAAAAAUAAAUUGGAAAGGGAAUUGCAAGAGUCAGCCCAAUAUAUUUCCACUCUUAAUAAAGAAAUAGAUGCUCUGAAGCAAACUGCAGAGACAAAGGCUAAAGUCAAUGCUGAACUCCAAGCCCAAAUCGAGACUUUAAAAGCUAGUGAUCAGAGUAAAGAAACAGAAAUUGAUAAUUUAAGGAAAGCUAUUGAAUCGGAAAAAGAAAACUUGAACAAAGUCAUUGCCACAAACUCGAAUGAAGCAGAAAGCCUUAGAUCUCAAUUAGAUACUCAAAUAUCAUCUCUGCAAAACGAGGUCAGUGCCUUAGAAACAGAGCUUGCUAAUACAAAAUCUCACUCAAAAUCGACUGAGGAAUCACUUCUAAAACAAAUGAGUGAAUAUGGAAAUGAGAAAGAAAAACUUCUAAACGAAUUAAAACAACUAAAAGAUAGCGAAAUUUCUCUACAAAACUUGCUGGAAAAACAAAAAGAAAACGAAAAUAGUAGUAUUCAGAGCUAUGGUUUAGAACUACAGAAAAAGGAAGAGGAAAUUAAAAGCCUUAACGAGACAAUAACGUCUAUCCGUGAAGAAUGCGGUAGUCUGAUUACGAAAAUAAAAGAAAUAGAAACCUCGCAAGAAGAUGCUCACAAAACUAAUGAAUUGUUGAAAUGUCAAAUAUCUUCUGAAUCUGAAAAAUCGAAGGAACUUAUGGAUGAAGUUGAAAAAUUAAAAGCAGCUAUUCAGGAGAAAGAUUCAGAAAGUCAGAAUCUCAAACAACUGAAUUCAGACUUACUUUCUCAAAUAUCUGCCAAGGAAACCGACAAAGCCAGUGUUCUUGGAAAUUUGCAAGCCCUCCAAACCGAGAAAGAAGAAACAAUAAACGCUCUGAAAAUAGAAAUCUCGAAAAAAUCAGAGGCGCAGACGACUCUGCAGGCAGAACUUCAAAGGGCACAAGAAAGUGCAAAGGAUCUUAAGCAGAAUCUUGAAGAACUUUCGGUUUGCAAUGAAACGGCAAAAAAGCAAUUAUUAGAAAAGGAGGAAACUAUUAAAACGCAAACAGACAAUAUCCUACAUCUGAAUCAGUUAGUGGAGAAAUUACAGAUUGAAAUAAUCAGUAACAAGCAGCAAAUGGCUCAAAUGAUGUCUACAUAUACUGAUCAAAUAGAAAUGCUAAACCAAACCCUUUCGCAGAAAUGUGAAGAAAAUUCGAAACUUCUAAAAAAUUCGGCAGAACUGAAAGCUGACAGUGGUUCCCAUGCCGAAAAACUCUCAGCGAAUUUAUUAAAAGAAAUCGAAUCACAAAAGAUUUUAUCAGAAAAGUACCAAGUGCUAUCAAAGGAGCAUAACACAUGCAAAACCACCAUAGUUGGAUUGGAGCAAUUAGUUGCAGAUAGCAAUAAAAAAAUUAGUGAUCUUACCAUAAAAGUAAAAGAUUUAGAAAAAGUAGUCGAAAAUGGUGCCAAAAAGGAUUCAGCAACGAAGGGCGAGUACGAAGAACUACAAAGGAAGUUCAAUAAACUGCAGCAGGAUAAAUGUACUACAGAAAAGUUGCUAGAAAAUGAAAUAAACAAAUCGAAGUCUGAUACAAAACAAUCACCGGUGGAAGCCAGUAAAAUUGAUAACUCGGAUCAAAAUAAUAGCGUUGAACAGAUAAACUUUUUGAAUUCAAUUAUUGCCGAUAUGCAAAAGAAAAAUGAAGCGUUGAAGGCUCGAAUAGAUACAUUGGAAGCAAUUCCAUUAGAUUUCACCAAGUCAGAAGCAUUCAACAUAGUUGGGAAGAGAAAGCCUGCGCCCAGAUUAUUUUGUGAUAUCUGUGAUAUAUUUGACGCACACGAUACUGAAGACUGUCCACAGCAAAGUUCAGACAGCCCGCCAGGAUCCGCGCCGCAGGCAUCAUCAGCACCAACCAACCCAAACAACGACGCCAGAGUACUUCCGCCUCCCAGGAUGUUUUGUGAUAUCUGUGAAAUAUUUGACGCCCACGAAACUGAGGAUUGUUCCCUACAAUGUUUUUAAUAACGUAAAACGCCAACUCGAAAUCAAGAACUCGAAAUGCUUACUCUUAUUUUAUAUUUAUCACUCGAUAACUUUUUAAAUUAUUUUUUAUUUGAAAAUGAAAAAAACACCAAAAGCAAAGUGAGCGUCUGAUAUUGGUCGUGAACACUGCAAAAAUGUACUGACAACAAAGAUGUUGAGCGAUUAGUAUGUAAAAUCCUUAUUUAAAAGUAUUUAAAAAGUGCAUGUACAUAAACGUUCACACAAUUGUUAUGUUAUUGUUUCUUUUAAAAUAUAUUUUUGUAGUGAAGCAA